UUGAAAUCAAACCCCCUCACACACAUUUGAGACAGCAGAGAUAUGAUUAGAGUGGUUCUGUUGGUGAUAAUGGUGUAGGUGGUGGUGGGGAGUUGGAGAGGAGUGAGUGAGAGAGAGUGGGUAUGCAUUUUUCAAACUUCCGUGUAUUAUUAACAAACAAGUGGGGAAUGUAAACAUAUAAGAUGACGCUACUUUGUUGACUGUAGCAUUCCCAAAUCAGACACUUCUUUAUCAACUCACUUUGUCUUUUUUCGCUUCUCUGUUUUUGAAGCACUUGAGUGGCCUUUCUAUUCUUGUCAGAGAUCAAUCAAAGCCUUCGAUUUUUAGCUGAUUUUUUUGCUUAUACAAUUGAUUAAUUAGGUACAAAGGAUUAGUUUUCAAUUUCAGGGUUUCAAAGCUUUUGGGGUUUUCAGAGUUCUUCUACUUUGGCUCACAAUUUUUUUCUCAUCAAUAGGCGAUUCUGUAACUUUUAUCACAUCAUCUGCAAGAUGAUGCAACUGAAUAAAUGAAUUUGCUCUCUUAUCCGUCAGUGAUAGCAUGAGCUAUCCAACUCAAUUUGCCACAACAAGGAUGGACAUCUUUGAGCCACUCCACCAGAUGUGCAUGUGGGAGGACACUUUCAAGGGUGAUAUUAGCCCGAACACAGAUGUGUCCACAGUGGUACAGGUGGAUGCGAGAUUAGACAAUAAGUCCGAGUAUACUUCACAUGAAUCUCCGGGACCUUCUCAGAACAAUGGAGAAGCAAACAAUACUUCAGAUAAGCAACGAAGACGACUAGCACAAAAUCGUGAAGCUGCCCGUAAAAGUCGCUUGCGAAAAAAGGCUUAUGUUCAACAAUUAGAAACUAGCCGUAUGAAGUUGACACAAAUGGAGCAGGAACUUGAGAGAACUAAACAGCAAGGGAUGUAUUCAGGGAGUGCAAUAAAUACUGGAGUUGCUUCUUUUGAGAUGGAAUAUGGACACUGGGUUGAAGAGCAACACAGAAAAACUUGCGAACUUAGAAAGGUGUUACAAGCUCAUAUAAGUGAUAUAGAGCUCCGCAUACUUGUAGAAGGUGGCUUAAACCACUACUAUGAUCUCUUCCGCAUGAAAGCUGAUGCUGCAAAGGCUGAUGUCUUCUUUGUGAUGUCUGGCAUGUGGAGAACGCCAGUUGAGCGCUUUUUCCUCUGGAUUGGAGGAUUUCGCCCAUCAGAGCUUUUACACGUUCUAAUGCCACAACUGGAGCCCUUGACCGAUCAACAACAUAUGGCUGUCUGUAACCUACAUCAAUCAUCUCAGGAAGCUGAAGAUGCGCUCUCUCAAGGAAUAGACAAACUCCAGCAGACUCUUGGACAGAGCAUGGUUGUUGAUCCUACAGUUACAGGAAGCUACAGUUCUCAGAUGGCUUCUGCAAUCGAUAAUUUGAAAGCAUUGGAGACGUUUGUGAACCAGAUCAUCUUCGCCAGCAAACUCUGCAGCAAAUGUCUCGUAUCUUAACACCCCAUCAAGCAGCCCGAGGCUUGCUCGCCUUGGGCGAAUAUUUUCAACGUCUUCGUGCUCUCAGUUCACUUUGGUCUGCUCGUCCUCGUGAACCUGCCUAGUUUACUGUGGUAACAAGAAGUCAUAUAUUAGUUGUGAUUGCUGCCGAAAUCUUGCCCCGAGUUACAAUGGGAAUAUAUAGUCAUAGCUUAUUUAAUAUCAACUACAAUUUAUUCUCCUCAUAGAAUUUCAAAGCAGCUUCUCAAAGUUGGAAAGUGUAUAUAUGAAUGAUAAUGUUGUGUAUCAGGUGAUUAAAUUAACUAGUAUCAUCAAUUCUUGUUGUAUAAUGCUGUGUAUCAAGAGAUUAAGUUUUUUUUAUCGUCAAUGCAUGUUGUAUGGUAUAUUGUAUCAAAGAGAACAGAAAUUGAAAUGCCAGAUUUGUGUUUGAGUGGAUA